CCCAAAAUAGUGAGACGGAGGGAGUAUUAUUAUUUUUCCUUUAAAAGGAAAAUAUGAGAAGUAUGAAGUUUGUUUGAGACAUCUAAAUAAGAAAAGUGUGAAACUCUUUAUGCAAUGUGGUCGGUAUAAAUUACGAUAAUUUAGAACUACAUUUCAAAUUAAGUCUGAUGAUUUUAAGUUCAUUCAUAACUAAAUUUAUUUUUAUCGCAUAUUAGGAUCAAAAUUUAAAAACUCUGAACUAAGUCAAAUGAAAAAAAAAUCCAUUUUAGGAUUACAGGGAGUAUAAAGCAAAACAUGCUAUAAAGUUUGAAAUCUUUGGAGACAUAAUCAUUCCAUGGUCUAGCUUUCAAAUCUCACUCCAAAAAAAAAUUAACAUAAUAAAUCUUUGGCAGUUGGGUUCUCCAGCCAAUAUCCAUUCCCUUCUCAUACUCAAAUCUGCUUAGUUAUGUUGGAGAGCCAAUAUACAUUCAAUUCCCCUGAAACUCAAAUAAGUGUAAUUAUUCUGGAUUUUGAAGAAUAUAAUGCAUAUUAGUGUUCUAAAAGUCUUGUUUCUUUACUCUGCUGGGAUUUUCACUCUGCUUUUCCUUGAAUCUUGCACUCUAUGUUUUGCACGCGAAGAAUUUCAAGAACGCCGCCCCUCAAUCAGCUUCAAAGAACAUGAUAACAAGGUGGAAGCUGGCAGGGCAAUUGACAUUGCAAUUCAUGGGAUUUUGUUAUGGGCUUCAAUGGGAUUGUUGAUGCCUGCUGGGAUACUUGCAAUUAGACUGUCCACAUUAAUGAAAGAAUGUAAUAAUAAAAAAAAGCCUAGAGUCACACUCUUCUAUGUGCAUGCCAUUCUUCAGGUAAGUACAUUGUUUUAACUACGGAGUAAUUUGCAUAAUUUUUAUUCUACAUUGGUUAAAACCAUGCAAUUAUAACUUCUCCUUUUUAAGUGGAAAAUUUUGUGUGAUUAAUUAACAUAUACUUCCUCCAUCCCAAAAAAGAACUUUAUCCAUUUAACUUUCAUUAAGUAUAAAAAAAGUGUUGAAAUGUAAAAAGUGUACGGUUAUAACUUGUUUUGAUAAUAGAGAAAUCUUGUGAGCCACAUGUUCGUUACUAAAAAAUGAAAUAAAGUAAAUGGGAAAUGUUUUUUUGGGACAUCCAGCCAAAAAGGGAACAUGGAUGAAGUUUUUAUUUUUGCACAGAUGGAGUAUUCAUUACAUUUUAUUUCUAUGUUUUUAUUGGAUUGACAUUUUAAUUACACUCUGACCAGUUACUUGAAAAAAGGUGGUUUCAGUGGUAGUAGCAACUGCAGGAGCAGUAUUAUCCAUCAAAAGCUUUGAAAAUAGAUUCAACAACAUUCAUCAAAGGAUAGGUUUAGCACUUCAUAUUGCUAUUUAUGUCCAAUUUGGUAUGGGUUUUUGUCGGCCUAAGAGGUAAUUAAGGGGGAGAAAGUGGAGGAGUGUGUGGUACUUUUUGCAUUGGCUACUUGGGACAACAAUAAGUUUGGCAGGGAUAAUCAACACCUACACAGGGCUAAGGGCCUACCAUGAGAAGACAUCAAAGAGCAUAAGCCUUUGGGUCAUGAUUUUCACAGCUCAAGUGUCAUUUAUGGGAUUUUUCUUUCUUUUUCAAGACAAAUGGGAGUACAUUAAAAAGCAAGGAGAUAUGGUUGUCGGCAAUGAACCCAAAACUACAGCUGUAGUGGCCACAACAACAACACUAUGUGAAGUAGUGGUUGAUGCUGCUGAGACAUACAGAAGGAGCAAUGCACUUGGGACUUAUUUUUCAAGAAGCAAAGCACUCAAGAAACUAUUUCAGCAAACAUCAUGGUGAUGAUGAUAAUGAUGGGUUGUUUAAUAAAUCACUUGUUGAGUUGUGUUUUUUAUUUACUUUGUCUAAAUAAUUGGUCCACCUUGUGAUUCGAUUAUAUUUUCUGUGUCACUAGCGACUAGCCCAUCACUUGAGUCACUAUGAUUUACCCCUCUACUAUACUGUCGGGCUAGGGUGUGGGGG